CGCGCGCUCCCGGGGAGCGCGGCGCGGCGGGCGCAGUGCGGCCGGGCCAUGGGCGCUGAGGCGGGCGGCCCGCGGGACACCGCGCCGGGCCAGCAGCUCCGCGCCCUCUUCUACGCGCUGCCGCCCGGAGAGAGCUCCUUCCGCACGGUGGAGGAGGUGCCCGACUACGUAGAGAAGAGUAUUCCAUUCUUCAUUACUUUUAUUGGGCUGGAGUUUGCUGUCAGCUGGAUUCAGAAGCGUAAGCUGCCGGGUCGGAUCAAUGAUGGCAUAAGUUCUCUUUCCUUAGGUAUCCUGUCCCGACUACCAGAUGUUUUAUUCAGAAGUAUUGAGUUAAUUAGUUACAUAUACGUAUGGAAUAACUACAGACUCUUUGAACUUCCCUGGGAUUCACCAUGGACAUGGUAUUUGACGCUUCUGGGAGUGGACUUUGCAUACUACUGCUUUCAUCGCAUGAGCCACGAGGUUAAUAUACUGUGGGCUGCGCACCAAGUACACCAUAGUUCAGAAGAUUACAACUUAUUCACAGCCUUGAGACAGUCUGUAGUGCAGAAAUACACCUCCUGGAUGUUCAACUUGCCCAUGGCUUUUUUCAUUCCCCCUUCGGUGUUUGCUGUUCAUUUACAGUUUAAUCUACUUUACCAGUUUUGGAUACAUACAGAGGUUAUCACCAAGCUUGGGCCUCUGGAAUGGAUACUUAAUACUCCCAGUCAUCACAGAGUUCAUCAUGGUAGAAAUCCUUACUGCAUUGACAAAAAUUAUGGUGGCACACUCAUUAUCUGGGACAGGAUAUUUGGAACAUUUGAGGCCGAAGAUGCAAAAGUGGUUUAUGGCUUAACACAUCCAGUAAAUUCAUUUGAUCCCAUCAUGCUCCAGUUACGUCCCUUGGCUCAUAUUUGGAACACGUUUUGGGCCACACCUGGAUUCUGCAAUAAGCUUUCUGUCAUAUUCAAAGGGCCAGGCUGGGGACCCGGCAAACCUAGACUUGGCCUUCCUGAGGAAAUCCCAGUGAUCACUGGAAAAGAAGUUCCCUUCAAUCCACAAGUACCAGCUUAUCUUAAUUGCUAUGCACUUGUACAUUUUGCUGUAAUAGUGCACUUGUACACCGAACUUCUUGCUUCUUUGACUAUACUAUCACAGGGAGCAGUUCUCCUGAGAAUUGGCUUUAUCAUUCUGUCCCUGGUGUCUUUUGGACUACUUAUGGAGAACAAGUCCAAAGCAGGAAUUUUGGAAAUCAUCCGCAAUUUAGUCUUCAUAGGUGCUUACAAACUUGGCUAUUUUAGGAGUCAGUUUUCCUUCUUGGACUAUGCAUAUGAGGUCUUGUUUUCCCUCUGUGCUGCAUUCUGGGGAAUCCAAAUUAUGAAGCGGAUCACUUCAAUGAAAGAUAAACACCACUGAAAGAGCAGAUCUAACAUCACCUUAAAUAUGGAAACAGCACUUUAGAAUAAUCUUCUAAGUUCCUUGGAAUGAAUCAACCAUGAAUCAUGCUGAAUUGCAAUCAGUUCACUUAUGAUACGAGAGAUCUGUGAUUUUUGUAUGAAGGUUUGAAAGAUUCCUAAGGGGGUUUAUUAAUUUUUAUUUGAUUUUUGAAAGAAAUAUUUAAUUUCUUCCCAAAUUAAAUAUUCAUUCACAGCAUAGAUUUUUACCUUCAUAGGAUUACAAAUUCUUAGAAAUAAUGUAAAAAUAAUUUCAUUUUUGCAGUGAUUUUGUUAGUAAUAUUAUGUGAAAAGUAUUUUUCACAAGCAGAAUAAUUAAAAUCAUAUCUGAUGUAACCUGGUAUAAAGUGACUGACUGUCUUCUUAUUGAGGCUAAACAUGAACAUAUGUGAAUGUUAUUUUUUCUGUAAUGGUUGAAUUACACCAGAAUCCCUGUGUCAUGCCCAAUUCAGUGUUCAUAACAUACUGCUACACGAAGAUGAGUAGUUGAGGCAAGAAAAUGAUUAAAAACAGCAUGAUAAAAUAAC